AUGGCACCUCAGAGAUUUGGCAGUGUACGCAACGGGCCGAGGCCACCAGCGGCUCGUCUCACCUCGUUCCGAGACGACACCGGCCUGGUUGCACUGCGCUACGAGCAGACCAAACAGGCCGAGCCCCCCAUUCCGCUCCCCCCUCCUCGAAACCCGCGUCGGUUGAUGGUCCGCACUGCACCAACAGUCUCCCCGCCAUCUUCUCUUCCUAGGUCUCCUCGGUCUCCGCGGUCCCCUAGAUCCCCAACAUCGCCCAUCUCUAUCAUCCCGCCCAUUGCACCGCCGCAAGAAGAGCAUCCGCUGUUCCGUGCACAGAGAAGAACGACCUCGCCAUCACCGCCAUCACCACCCUCGCAGCAGCUGAGCGACAGUGACGAGGAGUGGAAGAAGAGGAACUCGGGCACACUGACGGCCUCGUCGUCGAUCACGCUCCGGGAGGACGACGUUGAGGACAUUGAGCAGCACCCCAUCCGGCUGCAGCAAAAGAUAUUCCUCGACGAUUUGGCGACCGACACUACCGACGUUGCUAACGCCGCCGAUGUUUCUGACCUUUCUGACGCUUCAGACGCUGAUGUUCCUGACACGCCGUCGGUGUACUCCGUCGAUGACGAAAUCGCCGCAUUACCUAGCACGCCUCAGCCGCGGUACCCAUUAAACCCCCCCAGGAGGACCCUGGACCGCCGGCUUGUGCCCCGGCCGCUGACGGUUUCCAUCCCGGCUCCCGUUCCUGAGCAGGUCGAACCUCCAGUCCAAAAGAGCGAAAACCGGCCCCGGCCAAGCGUGGAAUCCUCCCUCAGCUCGCCCACUCGAACGCCCCCUUCGCUCAGGCGACGCACCUCCUUCACGACCGAGAAACAGGGCAAGAGUUUUGCCAUGGCUCCGGACGGAUCGAGACGACUGCGAAAAAAGAUGGUGACCUCAAGUGCCGGGAUGCUUGGCACAGACAGGGCUGCAGCGCUCCAGAUGAGCGAGCCGGGCCCCGUAGUGCGGGGCUCGGCUGGCACUUCUGGGCCGCCAAAAUCCCCUAAACUGUCCAGGCCUGCCCCACAGGGGUGGCCCCUCACGGAACCAUCAGGGGCAUUGCCGACAGGCCAGGGGCCCGCGAACAUUAACAUUAGCAUGCUGACCACCAGGGAACAUCCCGUGGCCUCGGUUUCUGCCCCUUUCUCGUCGGCCGACAAAUCCUUUGCGCCGAUCACCACUCGGAUCCCCGAUGAUCAACUCUGGGACGACUUCAACGCCGUGUCCUUCUCCACGAGGGGAAGCAUCAUGUUUGGGGGCAAGAACGGCAUUCUGCGAUCUCUGAUGUCUUCUUCCACCUCGCACCCCGCGCACGGCCAAUCCCCACAACAACAACAUCAUCAACAACAUCAAUACGCGACUCGCACCAUCGAACCCUCCUCCUCCCACGCGCGCGCUGGAACUACGACAAUGGCCGACGACGAGACCAAUGCCGCGGCGCCCGACAGAUCCCGCGCGGGGCCUCCCGCCGACGCGCCGUCCGUGCCCAGCAUUCGCGUCUCGUCGAUGGAUGUAGAGAGGGAAUCACAAAAGGUGAGAUCGCUCUAUGAAUCCGGCGACGACCUGAACUGGGAAGAUGGGGGGCGCGUCUCCUACCCGGACCGCCUCGAACCUACUGCGGAAGUCCCGUCGGAGGAGGAAGAGAACGUCGUUUCAUCUCUUCCAUCCGGUCCUCCUUCAGCAUCCGAUCUUCCUCCCGGCGCCAGUCAACAACCCCAAGCUACGUCGAUUACUCCUCGCUCGGUCAAUUCUUUGUCGCCUCUACGAGAUAGUUACGUUCGUCACGAAUAUGAGCGCGCCGGUGGCAUCGAGGAUUGGGCCGACCUCGAAGGUUCUGAGGUCGACCGCUAUGGUUUCAUUAACCCCAAGCGCCCCACGUCGUCACGCGCCGAACCCGUUACGAUGCGGACCUCGCCAUUCUCGGUCAGACAGAGGAAUGUGUUGACCAAGCGCCCGUCUACGUCGUACUCGGCCUCGCUGCCGGGCGGUUUCGCCCGGCCACCGAGUCGCAAGGUCUCGGCGCGUUCCCUCAACACCUACACCUCAGAGCUGUCGUCCCUCUCACGCCGGUCAACCCGCUCGUCGAUCCGCUCUGCUACUAACCACCUACCGCACAACCGUGAGCGCCGCUGGAUGGAUGAGGCCAGCGAGAUGCUUUCCCUGCAGGCUGGGUUGACUGGCAUAUCAGAUGACGAGAAGAUGGGUCGGUUGAUCGAGGCACAGAAGCGCAAGGAAGCGGAGCGUUCCGAGAAGUGGCGCAAGAUGGCAACCGCCGUCAAAACCACCAUUGUUACGGCUGCUGACGCAGAGUCUGACCAUCUCACUCAAAUCCAAACGCAACAGUCUCAGCCCCAGGCCCAAUCGCAGUUUAAUCCACAGCAGAUCCAGGGUCCGCAAGGCCAGGGCAUGUCCUACACCUUCGAUACAACGUCACCCAAGCUGAUUGACCGUGUGUGGAAGGGUAUUCCCGACUGUUGGCGGUCAGCGGCUUGGUACGCCUUCCUUGGUGCUAGCGCGGCCGCGCACAACCACAACCACGAACACAACCGCACUCCACGUGAGACGGACGACUACCUGAUCGCCGAGUUCCGCCGUUUGCAGGCUGUUGCGUCCCCGGACGAUGUGCAGAUUGACCUGGACGUGCCGCGGACGGUCAAUGGCCAUAUCAUGUUCCGUCGCCGAUAUCGUGGCGGCCAGCGGUUACUGUUUCGGGUGUUGCAUGCCAUCUCACUCUAUUUCCCCGGCACCGGGUAUGUGCAGGGGAUGGCGAGCCUGGCGGCCACGCUGUUGUGCUACUUUGAUGAGGAGAGGGCCUUUGUGAUGAUGGUUAGGUUGUGGCGGUAUCGCGGGCUGGAGAGACUGUAUCAGCCGGGAUUCGCGGGGCUGAUGGCGGCGUUGGCGGAUUUUGAGGGGAGGUGGUUGGGCGGGUCGGGGAAGGAGAUUAAGAACAAGCUUAACGAACUCGCCAUUGAUGCCACCGCCUACGGGACCCGUUGGUACUUAACCCUCUUCAAUCUCUCCAUUCCUUUCCCCGCCCAAUUGCGCGUCUGGGACGUUUUCAUGCUCCUCGGCGACUGCCCGCCGGAACCUACCACUAUUUUCCCCGGCACCACGAUCCUCCCUGGAGCCUCCACCUCGCCCAUCACUGCUACGAUGUCCAAUCCAGUGUAUUACAACGCCACAGCUCCUCAGGCAGAAGACAGCGCCGCCCAAACCGCCCAACAUCCUAAGGGGUUAGACGUGCUACAUGCUACCGCGGCCGCGCUGAUUCACGCACUGCGUGAUGUGCUGCUGGACUCGGAUUUUGAGAAUGCCAUGAAGGCUCUUACAGCGUGGAUCCCAGUAUCCGAUGAGGAUUUGCUGAUGAAGGUUGCACGAGCAGAGUGGAGGCGACAUCAGGGACGAAGGGGGUUAUGGGAGUGGGAAUGGGAGUGGGGACGGGAAAGAGAUGGAAAGAGAGGAAGGGAUAAAGACAAGGAAAAGGAGAAGAAGAGUGUGGAGGAGAAGGAGAAGGUCAAGGCGAGGGAGAAAGCAAAAGAGAAAGAAAAGGAAAAGGAGAGGCUGAAGGAACGGGAAAGGGAGAAGAAGCGGGAGAAGGAACGCGAAAAGGAGAGGAAGAAGGCUAAGGGGAAGGAUGGGAAAGAGAAAGAUAUCAUGGCCGGGGCGGAACAUGAUCUCGGACCUACGGGCGAUGCCGUCGGCAAGGACCAGGGCGACAUUUUGGACGAGAAACCGGCCAUGUUGCAAUCUCUGACCUUCUCUACCCUUGGACGUGGCGAUAGGAAGGCAUCGAAGGAGGAGAAAGUCAAGGAAAGGGAGAGGGGUAAAGGGUUGGCCGGGUUAUUUGGACGGGGCGGGCAUGAGAAGGACAAGGAUAGGGCAAAAGGGAAGAAGGAAAAGGAGAAGGUAAAGGGGUUGGAAGCAGAGAAGGCAGAAGGACAGACGGAGAAGGAGAGAGAGGGGGAAAAAGAGAAGCAUGUGGAAAAGGACAUGGGCGAAACGGAAAAAGGACCGGUAAAUGAGAAGGCGGAGGACGUCAAGGAGGAGGUGAAUGACAACGAGGAGCCGGAAACGGAAACGGCGGAACAGGAGACGAGGAAGAAUAAUGAGGAGGGCGAGACGCCAAAGAGUGAGGAUGACAACCCCACGCACGAUUCGCACGAUGAGCAAGAAGCCUCCAACAACAACAACGACGACAAGCACGAAAGCGAAAAAAACGAUGGCAACAAGGAUCAUAAGGAGACGGCCGUUUAG